AUGAAGUGGUUGCUCUUUGCACUUGUUUGCAUUCAUCUCUCUGAAUGUUUAAUCAGGGUAAGUCUGUCCACAAUAUCUUGUGGAUUACUUGAGGAUUUCAUGAAGAAACACCCAUACAAUCCCCUUUCCAAAUUCCGUGGACCAUCCCAGCAGGACUCAUCAGGUUCAACAGAGCCAUUAGUGAACUACCUGGAUCUGUCAUACUACGGAACAAUCAGCAUCGGGACUCCACCUCAGAGUUUCCUUGUCGUCUCUGAUACUGGCUCUUCAAACCUUUGGGUCCCAUCGGGUUACUGCUCUAGUCCAGCAUGCCGUGAUCAUCGCAAGUUUAAUCCGCAUGCGUCCUCAACAUUUCACCUUUCAAACAAGUACCUUUCUAUCCAAUACGGUACAGGCAUAAUGACUGGUGUACUGGGAUAUGACACUGUCAGAGUAUCCAACAUUGAUAUCAGCCACCAAGAAUUUGGUUUAAGCAUCACUGAGCCUGGCAGUUUUCUUUAUUAUGCUGAAUUUGAUGGAAUUCUGGGAAUGGCAUAUCCAAAUCUUGCCUAUGGAGGUGCCACAACUGUUUUCAAAAACAUGAUGUCUGAGCAUCUGCUGGAGCAACCUGUGUUUGCUUUUUAUCUGACCAGAGGAACUAUGCAGAUUGAACAGUGGAUGGAGCAGAUUUCUAAAAAUGGUCACAUAAUCAUGAAUGUCCUUUUCCUCCCUAGUGUGAAGGUCAACGGCCAGGUAGUGGCUUGUGAAAGCGGUUGUCAGGCCAUUGUCGAUACUGGCACCUCUCUGAUUAUUGGCCCUGUCUCACCGAUCCAGAGAAUUCAGCACGAGAUUGUUCUACAGCUUGGUGUGAACUGUCAUAACCUGCCCACCAUGCCCUAUGUGACUUUCACCAUCAAUGGAAUUGAGUACCCCCUUUCUCCUGACCAAUAUGUGCUCCAGAACAAUUACAAUGGACAAGAAAAUUGUUUAAUCGGAUUUAGCACUUUGGCUCUUACCGAUUCUGAAGACCUCUGGAUUCUUGGAGAUGUCUUCAUUGGAGUCUACUAUUCCAUUUUUGAUCGAGGAAAUAACCGAAUGGGCUUUGCCCGGGCUGCCAAAUUUAAAACUGACAGAUUAUUCACAUCCAGGGUGCGAAUCAUUGGUUCUGGUCUCCUACUUGAUCACACAUUCAGAAAGCUGACUGCAAGCGAGGCUGAUGAGCAGCCACUUCAUUUUGCCAGUUGGGUUGGUUUGGAGACUCUACAGAACCUAAAGUUUGGGGUCAGAGCAGGAACGUCUAUACUCGUUCUGCCCAAACUAUUCCAUUGGCACAAGGCUUCAGAUACGAUCAUUCAGUAUGAAAAGUAA